GCUCUUCGGUCAAUCGAGAUGCUGGAUUUCAUACAGAUGGUACAGGACUUGACUUAAGGCCAAGAAAGACCAGGCCAUUGAAGGCUGAGAAUCCUUACUUGUUUCUACGAGGUUUGCCUUACUUAGUAAAUGAAGAUGAUGUCCGUGUCUUUUUCUCUGGUUUGUGUGUAGAUGGAGUAAUUCUCUUAAAACAUCAUGAUGGCCGAAAUAAUGGUGAUGCUAUAGUAAAAUUUGCUUCAUGUGUUGAUGCUUCAGGAGGUCUUAAAUGCCAUAGAAGUUUCAUGGGUUCAAGAUUUAUAGAAGUCAUGCAGGGUUCAGAACAACAGUGGAUUGAAUUUGGUGGCACUGCAACCAAGGGAGGUGAUACUCCUCGUAUGAGAUCUGAAGAGCAUUCUCCUUCAAGAAGGAUUAAUGGUAGACAUUUUCGGAAACGGUCUCAUUCAAAAUCUCCUAGAACACGUUCUCGCUCUCCUCUUGGAUUUUAUGUUCACUUAAAAAAUCUGUCCUUAAAUACUAACAAAAGAGAUUUAAGGACUCUCUUUAGAGAUACUGACCUGACUAAUGACCAGAUUAAGUUUUUGUAUAAAGAUGAAAGAAGAACACGCUAUGCCUUUGUGAUGUUCAAGAAUCAAAAGGACUAUAAUACUGCCCUGGGUUUGCAUAAGACUGUUGUACAAUAUCGUCCAGUUCUUAUUGAUCCAGUGUCUAGAAAGGAAAUGGUGAAAAUCAUUGAAUGCUAUGAGAAGAAGAGACCAGAGUCUUUAGAGAAAGAAAGGCCGGGACGUGUUUCACAAAAGUACUCUCAGGAAGGCUUCUCUGGCUCUGGUCAGAAGCUGUGCAUAUAUAUAAGAAAUUUACCAUUUGAUGUUACAAAAGGUGAAGUGCAGAAGUUCUUUGCAGACUUUUCUCUUGUUGAGGAUGACAUUUAUCUGCUUUGUGAUGAGAAGGGAGUUGGUUUGGGAGAAGCACUGGUGAGAUUUAAAUCAGAAGAACAGGCCAUGAAAGCUGAACGUUUGAACCGACGAAGAUUCUCGGGGAUAGAGGUGCUGUUAAGACUUAUAUCUGAGGAACAAAUGCAGGAGUUUGGUGUAAAUUUUUCCUGGUUAUCUAAUGAGAGGACACAAGCCUGUUCGCGGUCACAUGAUGGAGAUGACUGUUCCUGUUUGUUUGACUUAAAAGAUCCGGNAUCCUGUUCCUUUGGCCAUUCUGAAAGUGUUCGUUAUCAUCCAAAAGUCUUAAGGAAANCGGGUCAUUUCAAGCAUCCCCAAGGGUAUUUCCAGCAGUCUGACAGACACUCUCCUGAGGACUUCAGGCACUCCCCAGAAGACUACAGGCACCCCUGGGAGGAACAUACCAGCCCCUCUAGGGAGGAAGACUGGAGACGGCCUCUGGAGGAUUGGAAAUGGCCACAGGAAGAUGAUUUUAGGCAGUCUCAUGAAAAAGAUUGUAGGCAGCUACGAAGCCCUUGGGAAGAAGACUUCAGGCGGCCAUCUCAGGAGCACUUCAGGAGAUCAUAUCAGGAGCACAUUAGAGGGACACCCCANGAACAGUUCAGGCGUUCCCGAGAGGAAGAUUUUAGGCAUGUGGCUGACGAAGACUUUAGGCACCCUUAUGAUGAGGACUUCAGGACCUCCCAAGAAGAUUUGAGAUUUCCCACUCAUGAGGACUUCAGGAGGGUGUCUGUGGAAGACCUAAGGGAAGUUCCAGAGAAGGACCUUCGACUUCCUAAAAAUUUUAGAUCUCCUGGAGAGGAGUUUUGGACCCCACCUGAUUUCAGAGGUCAACAUCCUUUUGUGANCUUUGNUCACCUAGAAGGUGGCAAAUUUGAUUUUGAAAAGUAUAAAUUGGAAAAUUUUCGUGAUGGAAAAUUUGAUCCUGACCUAAAGUUUAAUUGUGGUUCAGGUAGAAUAAUUCGUGUUAUGAUCUCGAAUCUUCCAUUUAAAGCCAAUGCUAAUGAAAUCUUAGACUUUUUUCAUGGUUAUAAAGUCAUACCUGAUUCCGUUUCAAUACAGUAUAAUGAGGAAGGAUUACCUUUAGGAGAAGCUAUUGUUUCUAUGACAAAUUAUAAUGAAGCUCUAGCUGCUGUUAAAGAUCUAAGUGGUAGACCAGUUGGUCCCCGCAAAGUUAAGCUUAGUUUGCUUUAGAGGGCCUUUCUUUCUUUCUUUUUUUUUUUUUUUUUCCUGUUUCAGUGGAUAUCUUCCCCCAUUUCCCCUCCCCCCCCCAUAGAAGGCCUUUCUAAGUAAACAGUUUUCUUCCACAGUAGUGAUGCAGUGAAAUUAAAGGUUUUGUUUUGCUUUGCUUUCAAGGUUAGUUUUAAGUAUUUGAAAAUUUUAAAAUGUGAUUAGAAAUAAAUGUGUUGUAUAAGUCUGGUUUCCUAAUGGAAAACCAUUAGUUUGUUUACUAAAGGACAUACUUUUACUCCAUGAUUUAAAAUUGUAUAUGUUCUGUUUUUGAAAGGGGAGAUUCCCGAAUUCAUUCAGUUCAUGGAUGUUAUAGAUAAAAUUCAGUCUUGUAAAAAGUGGAAGUUACAAUUGUGUAAGGUGAAUUUAUCUUUGAUUUUGUUUUAACAACUCAGACCAUAUAACAAAAUGAAGGCUAACUGAUUAAUCAGGUUUGGCACUUUUAUUGUUACUUACCUGUAGAACUGUUUGUGAAGACAUUGUGCCAAUGUCUCCUAUAAACUAAAUAAACUCUAUAGUCCAGAAAAUGAACUUACUGUGAAAUAAAGUUUACUCAUGUGAAGCAGUAGGAAAUUCUCAGUAUUUGUGUUCACAACUUUGAAAAGUUUUAUAAAAAUAAAAUUGCAAGUGAAAUACUUA